UUUUUACGCUUGAAUCUUAAUUUUUUUUUUGUUUGUUUUUUUGUUUGCCUUUCAGCUAUGGAAGAUGGAACUUCGGUGCUCUGAAGGCAAUUGGUGUAGACGGGCCUGCACCGAUUAUGUUUUUGGGUAACUUGAUUGAAAUGGGCAAACGGAACAUCCAUUUCUGUUUCAGUCAUUGGCAAAAGAUCUAUGGAGAUACAUUCGGUGUUUAUCUUGGCUGUUUUCCGCAAGUGGUUUUUCAUGAUCCAAAAGCUCUGGAAGAAAUCUAUGUCAAAAACUUCUCCAAUUUCACCAACAGACCUGAUAUAUUCAACACAGAUGAAUAUUUUGAUGAUAUGAUUCCGAUGGCCAGAGACGAACACUGGAAGUUCCUUCGAGUUACUUUGUCCCCGUGUUACACAGGAAAACAACUGAAAGGAAUGAUUAUGUUAAUGAAGAAACCAACUGAAAAUUUGUUGAAGAUUUUCAGCAAAUUUUCUGAAAGUGGACAGGAAUGUAACGUGCAAGAUGCAUUUAGUAAAUACACGUUGGACAACAUCGCUGCCGUGGGGUUUGGUGUUGAACUAAAUUCUUCAGAACAGGGUGAUCAUCCACUAGUGAAAAAUGCUUUGAGUAUUUUGAAUAAACAGAAUGAACUAUUGAUAGGACUACUUUCCACUGUAGCUCCUGGCUUGGUAAACUUCCUCAGCAAACUGAAAGUUUUAGAUUACUUUAAUAAAAGGACAAAUCUUCUUGCAGAAUUUUCUAAACAGCUUCUGAAGACUCGAAGACAAAAUCUCAACCCUAAUGGAGCAUGUAAAGAUUUCCUGGAAAUCAUGCUCGAAGCUCAAGUGGCUGGAAAUGAAAACCUGACAGGAAACGGAGCAAAGGAUAUCCCACUGGAAAACAUAAGUGAUUGGAAACACAAAAGAGGUAUCACUGAUUCAGAAAUAAUUGCACAAUGCAUAAUCUUUUUCAUGGCUGGUUACGAAACUACGGCUUCCACAUUGACAUUCUUCGCACGUUGCAUGGCUUUUAACCCAGACAUCCAAGAAAAUGUCUACAAAGAAAUCAUGGAAGUGGUCGGAGAUGAAUACCCAACAUAUGAAUCUAUUCAGCAGUUGAAGUACCUUGAAAUGUGUAUGGCAGAGUCUUUAAGGCUAUAUCCUUUGAUAUCAAUUCUUCAGCGAGAAUGCAAGAAGGACUGCGUCAUCAAAGGUGUGAAAAUUCCCGCAAAAAUGACCGUCGUCAUGCCGAUCCGUAGCUUACAUUACGACGAAAGAUACUGGACCGAUCCUACCAAGUUUGAUCCCGAAAGAUUCAGUGAAGAAGGCAAAGCACGGCAGACCCCGUUUACUUAUACCCCUUUUGGAGGUGGACCCAGGAUAUGCAUUGGUAUGAGACUGGCCAAGCUGCAGUUCAAAGUGGCUGUUGUUCAAAUGAUGAGGAAAUACCGACUGGUCACAACGGAGAAAACUGAAGAUCCAAUCGAGUAUGCUUCUACCGACGUGCUGUCAGCCAAAAAUGGAGUUUGGCUCAAGUUCGAACCACGUAAAAGCUUAUAAAGUUUGAAACAGAGGAGCUGCACAUGAGCUUGAACC